AUGUUGACCCGCGAAUUCAUUGACGACAGUCUUUACAAUCCGCAUUACGGCUAUUUCUCCAAGCAUGCGACCAUCUUCAGUCCCGGCGAGCCGUUCGAUUUCAACAACAUCGAGGACGGCCCAGCGUUCCACCGGCUGCUGGGCCAGCGGUACACCGAGUUCGAGGAUCGGCUAGAUGAGAUCCAGCCCGAUGAUGCGCGUCAACUGUGGCACACGCCCACGGAGCUGUUCAAGCCGUACUACGGCGAGGCGAUCGCCCGAUAUCUGGUGUCGAACUACAAGUUGACCCUAUACCCGUACCACGAUCUGAUCAUCUACGAGAUGGGGGCGGGCAACGGCACGCUGAUGCUGAAUAUCCUCGAUUUCAUCCGCGACACCGACUACGAGGUGUACCAACGGACCAAAUUCAAGAUCAUCGAGAUCUCUUCGACCCUGGCAGAACUCCAGAUGAAGAAUCUGAAGGACUCGCUCAAUGCAGGGGGUCAUUUGGGCCAUGUGGAGAUCAUCAACAAGUCGAUCUUCGACUGGGACACCUACGUGCAUUCUCCCUGCUUCUUCCUGGCGCUGGAGGUCUUUGACAACUUCGGUCAUGAUGCGAUCCGAUAUGACUAUCGGACGGAACUGCCCCAGCAGGGAGGGGUGCUCAUCGACACCGAUGGCGAGUUCUGCGAGUACUACAACACUCAGCUGGAUCCCCUGGCGGCGCGGUUCCUGCGGGUGAGGCAGGCCGCGGCGCGGCGCCCGUUCCCUACCCCGCUGGGGCCGAAGUGGAUGCGGGGAAUUCGCAAUAAGAUGCCCUUCCAGAGCGAGUUCACGUUGCCGGAGUACAUCCCGACUCGACUGAUGCAAUUCUUCGAAAUCCUGAACGACUAUUUCCCGGCGCAUCGACUGCUGGCGAGCGACUUUAACAGUCUGCCGGAUACGAUUCCUGGACUGAACGCACCAGUGGUGCAGACUCGGUACAAGCGACGAACGGUGCCGGUGUCGACUCCAUUUGUCCACCAAGGUUACUUCGACAUCUUCUUCCCCACCGACUUCAACGUCGUCGAGGACAUAUACCGUGCCAUCACGGGCAAGCUAACGACGGUGAUGAGCCAUCAGGACUUUAUGGAACGCUGGGCGUACAUUGAAGACACGGAGACGCGGAGCGGCGAGAACCCACUGCUGACGUGGUACAAGAACGCCAGCGUUCUGUGCACGGUGUAG